UAAGUUUUUUAAAUGAAAAUAUAGUUUCUUUAAAUAUUCAAAAUGUCAAGUACGACCGAAAAUAUUGUGCAUGUGUCAGUGACGACCGUAAAAAAUAUUACCUUUGGAACCACCGAUUAUGUCGUUUUUGUGUUAUUGUUGUGCGUUUCUGCUGGUAUUGGCGUAUAUUUCGGUUUCUUUUCGAAAGCUAAAAACACCACCGAUGAAUAUCUGAUGGGUGGAAAAAGAAUGAAAACUGUACCAAUCGCUAUAUCCUUAGUAGCAAGUCAGUUAUCCGGUAUAUCUAUUAUGUCAAUACCUGCGGAAACAUACUCAUAUGGUAUCCACUAUUUUAUUGCGGUAUUAUCAAUGAUUAUUGUUGUUCCAAUAUUGUGCUAUAUUAUCAUUCCGGUGUUUUAUGAAAAUAAUAUAUCCAACUGUUAUGAGUAUCUUGAAAUGCGAUUCAACAAGCACGUGCGUCAAUUGAUAACAAUAUCGUUUAUUUUUCAUUCUGCACUGAUGCUUCCAGUCUACAUGUUUGUUCCAUCAUUGGCUUUCUCCCAAGUAUAUUUUUGGAAGUAA